AUGUCCCCUACUAAACGCUUAAAGAAUCUUGGUUUGGCGAAAGAAUACGCAUGGGUAAAUGUUACCUCGCGGAAUGCUCUUGGGCUAUUGACAAGAACCACUUCGUGGUUCCCUGGAGCAAAAUAUCGAAUUAGAUCCGCAUCAGGAAAUUUCUUCAUCCAUACCAAGGCAAUCGAAUUCGGACAGGAAGCGCCCACUGGGCGGAUUAACCAAUGCGCAUUUGUCGAAACACUCUGCUGGCCAAGUAUUCCAUAUGACAUAUUAAAGGCCUUCAAAUGGAAACGGGCGUCAAAUAUCCCUGAAAAGCAAACUGUAGUCAACAGACAAACUGCGGUUGACAGACCCUUGAGGAUUGCGACAAACUACGAUAUCACCACCGGGUAUAUUUACCGAGCGUCAGGGCAAAAAACAUUCGACAAGAGUCGACAAUGCGAAUUAGUCAAAGACGUAGCGACGGAUUUGAUGUCCGCAUUUAGUUUGGUUCUCAAGAAUAAUAUUGGAUCUAUGGGUACCAAGGCCAAAUAA